AUGGGUAUCAGUAGAUGGGAUGUUUCAAAUGAUUUAAUGCUUUCUAGGAGAUCAAAGACAAAGGACGGUAAACACAUAUACAGUGGAUGGGAUGAAUAUAAAGAACAACUCAAGGAAAUGUCCGAUAUGGAUGAGGAUUACAAGGGCUUUAUGCUAGAUGCUUUCAACGAUGCUGAAAAAUCUGAAUCGCAUAAGAGAGAAAGUGGGAAACAUGAUUAUGUUCAUGAGGAUGAGAGUGGUAUUGUUAAUGAUCCUCAGUAUGAGCUUUUUCUGAGUAGAAUUAAAAUCCAUGAGAGGUACUAUAUACUUGAGGGUGAGAAUAAUGGUGUACCCAUGGUGAUAAAAUAUGAAUUACCCAGUAAUUCGGAAGAUGGCUGUACAUCAAAUCCUCGAAGAGAAACAAAUAACUGUACAGGAAAAAAGAAUGUGUUUUUACAUGAGAAGCUUAUACUUGGGGAUAACUGCGCAGCAGAGAAUCAGGUGCAGCAUGAGGGGAAAGCUCCACGAGCUAAGAAAGGUAAGUUACAACGGCUUCAUGAUGUGCAAGAUCGUCCUAGUAAGAAGAGCAACUUAGAGAGGCAGCAUGGAACACAGAUAAAUUUAAGGAGCACUGUAAAAUCUUCAAGUGCACACGAGCAGGCUGGCAGUAAGAAUAAUCAGAAGAAAGUGGAUAACAAGAGUUCUUCUGAUUUGGAAGUCACAGAAAUUGCUAAUCUCGGCAUGGAAGGAAACUCUAGCUCCAUCUUGCUUUCAAAUCAAUUAGACAAAAGUCAUCCAGGUGCGUACUCGGAAUUCAGAAAACAAAUCAUAAAUAUUCUGAGGGAACCAUACAAAAAAGAGGAGUACGAUGAGCUUCGGCAAGCUAUUGAAGCCCAAAAGGCAGAAGGAAGCAAAGAAUCAAGUGAUCUUCAUGAGAAGCUCAAAAAGUUCGAAAAGGAACGAAAGAAGAACUUGAUGGAACGUGGAUUUUUCUUUUGGCUUGAGAAUAAAAAGAUGGAAGGAGCCUUCAAACCUUGGAAGGAUCCUGAAUGCGCUGCAGUGGAGCAAGAAAACUGUCUGCUUCCCCCUUCACCUCCCCCCGAGCGCCGGGGACGAAAAGUGUGCAACUCCUUUCAAACCUGGGAUCAACCCUGA